AUGAAUUUCAUCAAGAAAUUCAUUGGUGCCUCAUCAACAGAUGAAGUAGCAUCAAUAACUUCAGGUAAACUUUAUCUUACAAGAUCAAAAACUUCACCAAAAGGAGCAAUUGAAUGUUUAUAUAAUGAUGCAUAUGCACUGAUAAAACAAACAACAAAUCCAUUUUUUUAUCAAUUAUGUAUAACAAAAGUUUAUCAAGAAGGAGAAAAUGAAUUUCGUAGUAAUUCAGGUUUUAAUUAUUCAGAUGAUGAAGAUGAAGAUUAUGAAGAAACUGAUGGAAAUUCUUCAAUUGUAAGAACUUCAAGUUUUAUUCAAAAGGAUUCAAAACAAAACACUAAAGAUGAAUGGAUUUUUCCAAUAAAUGAAGAAUUAAAAAUUUUUAAAAAAAUUGAAAAUAAUAAUAAAAGAUCUAUUGCUUGGAAAGAUCUUAAUGGAGAUUUAGGUGAUAAAUUUGAAUUUGUUUUAGAUGAUGAAAUUAGAAAUAAUGAUUUUGAUUCUUUUAUGAUGACUAUUUAUAAAUGUUUAUAUGAAGAAAAAUAUCAUGAAAGCUCAAUAAGUGUGAAUAGUUUGGAUCAAUUGAAAGAAUUUAUUUAUAAUCCUAAACUGGAAUUGUUAAAUUUUGAAGAUUUAGAAUAUGAUGAAGAUGAAGAUGAUGAACUGGAUACUACUGAAGAUUAUGGAGAUGCACAAGAAAGAGAAUCACCAAAAUUGUUUGUAAGUGAUGAUGAAGAAGAGGAUCCACAUCCAAAGGGAGAAGUUGUGUAUGCUAGUAAAAAAUUCGCUUUACAUUUAUAUGAUUCAACUACUGGUUCAUUUUUAUUAAAGAGCUCCACAAAUGAAUUAGAAAUAAUUGAUUUAGGUAAUUGGGAAUUUACUUUAUUUAUAAUUGGAGAAAAAAUUAAAAUCAACUCAAGCUUAACUAAAAAUAUGAAUCCAACUUUCAAUUAUGAACAUUUAUCAUUUAUUUUUAAUCACUACCUCAUAAAUAAAGAUCAAGUUAUUGCUAAUUCAUGGCUACUUAAAUUUAAUAAUUUUAAUGAUUUAAAUGAAUUUCAAAAUAAAUUUUUAGCAUCAAUGUAUGAAAGUUUAAAUAAGAAGAAGUUUGGAAUUGAAAAAGGUGAUGAUGAUUAUUUUGUAGAUGCUUUUUCAUCAUUAGAGUUAAAUGAAGAAGAGGUUAGUGAACCAGAAGAUUCAGAAUCAGAUGAAGAUGUUGAAAAUUCCACAAAAGAAUUCUCAGAUAAAAAAGAUAAAAAUACUUACCUCAGUGUCGGUUAUAAAGAUAGAGCCUACGUCUCCAGAGGUGAUAAAAUUGGAGUCUUCUCUCAAGAUGAUAAAUCAUUAAAAUAUCAAACUACAAUAAACAACAUAACAGACCUAAAAGGAAAAAAAUUUAAUCCUGAAAAAAUGUUAUUACAUCAAGAAGAUCUGAAUUUAGUUAUGUAUAAUCCAGAAUUUAAUAAUAAAUCACUUUAUAAAUUAGAUUUAAAUCGGGGUAAAAUAGUUGAAGAAUGGAAAAUUUCAGAAACUAUUCCAUUAAAAAAUUAUGCUCCAAGUGAAAAAUUUGCUCCUUUAACUAAUCAACAAACAUUAACUGGUAUUUCAUCAAAUGGUUUAUUUACUAUAGAUCCAAGAUUAUCAGGAUCAAAAUUAGUUAAUGAUCAAACUCAUAAAUGUUAUAAAACUAAUAAUAAUCAAUUUCAAACUUUAGCAACAACAGAUCAAGGUCAUAUUGCUUUAGGAAGUGGAAAGGGAGAUAUAAGAUUAUUUGAUAGAUUAGGUGUAAAUGCAAAAACUGCAUUACCUUCAUUAGGUGAUCCAAUAUUAGGUAUUGAUGUUUCAAAAGAUGGAAGAUGGAUUUUAGCAACUUGUAAAACUUAUAUUUUAUUAAUUGAUACAAAUAUAACUGGAAAUCAAAAAAAUUCAGGAAAAACUGGUUUUACUGCAUUUUUUGAUAAAGAUAAAAAACCAAUACCAAGAAGACUUUGUUUAUUACCAGAACAUGAAGCAUUUAUAAAAAAUAAUAAUCCCAAAAAUGAUUUUAAUUUUUCAUCUGCUUAUUUUAAUACAGGAGUCAACCAAAAGGAAACAAGUAUUAUUUCAUCAGUUGAUAAUUAUAUUGUUACUUGGUCAUUAUCAAAAAUUCUUAAAAAUGAUCCUUCUCCAUAUCAAGUUAAAAAUUAUAAACAAAAUAUUGUUGCAGAUAAUUUUAAAUUUGGUUCAAAUAAUAGAUUAAUUAUAUCAUUACCAGAUGAUGUUAAUAUGAUUAAAAAGAGUAGUUUAAAUAAUCCAAUAAAAGAAUUUCAUCAUUAA